AUGGCAUCACUACAAUAAUACUACAAAGUGCAGUGCACGUAGCAAAAGAGAAUCAAGUUACGUGGGAAAACAAACAUUUAAUAUUAUUGAAAGAGUGAUAUAUUACUUGUUUAAUCCUCCACUAUUUGAUUGGUGAUCUACGGUUAUUGUCGUCAAUUAAAUUAGAUUAACGGGCCAAGAUGUGUCCCAUUUGGCCUCUGCACUUGAUCAUCCUGUACCUGCUGGCGCUGUGUCCGCUGUGGGUGAUCUGCCAGGAGCUGCCCAACCUGAUAGCCAACUUCAGUACCAGCACGGUCGAGGUGCACAUGGACGAGCAUGACUACGUCAACUUAGUGGUUCAUGCCUAUGGCUAUGGGAUGCAGCCUGGAGACACGUUCUCGUUGUCGACGGCGAACAGUCACGUGGCCACAGCGGAGUGGAACUCCACGUACCAGGUGACGGAGGCGGGGAACGAGUGGGGCGGCCGGGUCAGGGUCAAAGGGAACUUUUUAGGUAGAACGGAUCUACACGUGGAAGCAAAUCGUGGCGGGCAGACGUAUCCUGUAAACAAUACACUCCCAAUAAUCGUGACGAGGCCGGUGCGAGUCAUAGACACUGUGUUCACGUCCAGUGUUGCCACAUUUGUGUCCCUCAUCUUCAUAAAUUUCGGAUGCGCGAUGCACUGGCCCACAGUAAAGGAGGUGGUGAAGCGACCCAUCGGGCCCUUAAUAGGGAUGGUGGGGCAGUUCUUGUUCAUGCCUUUGAUCUCGUUCGGGCUGGGCUUCCUGAUCUUCCCGCACUGGCCGGAGAUGCGCCUGGGUAUGUUCUUUACGGGCGUGUCCCCGGGCGGUGGCGCCUCCAACAUCUGGACCUUCAUCCUCGGCGGCAACCUCAACCUGUCCCUCGCCAUGACCUCUAUGUCCACUCUGCUCUCAUUCGCCGUAAUGCCAGCCUGGCUAUUCUCCCUGGGCCAGGUGGUGUUCGCGAACGCUCACAUCGGCGUGCCGUACACGCGCAUAGCGACGUUCGUGGCCGGGCUGCUGGCGCCGCUGGCCGCGGGGCUGGCCUUGCAGCGCUGGACGCCCAAAUUAGCUUCGUUCAUGGUCAGAAUUCUGAAAGGAUUUUCGACCUCAUUGCUAUUGUUUAUUAUAGUGUUCGCCAUAAUAACCAAUUUGUAUAUCUUCGAGCUGUUUACGUGGGAGAUCAUAGUAGCCGGUAUGGGCAUCCCAUGGUUGGGCUACGUAUUCGGAUACGCGUUGGCCCGCAUUCUCAAGCAGCCGCACCCGGAUGCGUUAGCUAUCUCCAUAGAGACUGGCAUACAGAACACGGGAAUUUCUAUAUUCCUGCUACGUUACGCCCUGGACCAGCCAGAAGCUGAUCUUACUACAGUGGUGCCAGUGUCGGUGGCUAUAAUGACACCGAUCCCCAUGACAUGCAUCUACAUCUAUCAGAAGAUAUCUGCUUGCAUCGCAAACAGAAAUCAGCACAAAAAAAUUGUCGAAGACCUUACACCAGUAUCAGAGCGAGUCGAGCCCGACGUCGUCCCAGCCGCUGAUGUCGAAAAACGAAGCUGAACAGGUUUGAACUGCUCCGAACUGGUUUCAACCGGUCUGAACGGGCUCUAACGUUAUUUAUUAUUAUAGAACCUAGUGUUGCGUACCUUAGUUUAGUUAUUGUACACAGGAUGUGAUAGAUUUUGUUGGAUUCAGGUUGUGUUUAUAAAAAGUCUAUUUAUAUUCGGCGACAGUUUAAAAAAUGUAUCGACUUCGUCUUUUUUCAAACUACAGAUUACUGCCGCGC